CUUCUUCUUCCCUCAGACCAGCGAACGCCAGCCACGAGCGAGAAGCUAGCUAGAGCGCUUCAACGUACCUCGAAGCUAGCUAGCCAGGCACCAUGGCCCGCAUUGCGCCGCUCGUGCUGGUGGCGCUGCUCUCCGUGCUGGCCGCGCCGUCGUCGGCGUGCCCCAGCUGCCCUACCCCGGCGACGCCUCCCCCGCCGCCGCCGCCGAAGGCGACUCCCCCGCCGUCGUCCGUGCCGUGCCCUCCGCCGCCGUACUCCCCCGCGCCGACGCCCCCGACGCCGGCCACGCCGACGCCGUCGUCGCCGACGGGCAAGUGCCCCGUGGACGUGCUGAAGCUGGUGGCGUGCGUGGACGCGCUCAACGGGGUGGUGCACGCGGUGGUGGGCGCCAACGCCAGCGAGACCUGCUGCCCGCUGCUGUCCGGCGUGGCCGACCUCGACGCCGCGCUCUGCCUCUGCACCACCAUCAAGGCCAAGGCGCUCAACGUCAGCCUCGUGCUCCCCGUCGCCAUCUCGGUGCUCGUCAACCAGUGCGGCAAGCACGUGCCGUCCUCCUUUCAGUGCCCUUCAUAAUCCGCUCCAUCCAUUGCAACCACCACCUGCAUCCUCAUGCAUGCGGCUCGGAUGUGUAUCUACUUCGUAUGUAUGGAUGCCUGAGGGUGCACCGCAUCAAGGUAAGUUCGUAUACGGAAUAUGUUAUGUGGCAUGUGUAAUCUAUGUAUGCAUGGCUGGCUAACUUCGGUGUGGAGCUGCGGACAAACAUUGUAUAAUUGUGUAUCAAAUACUAGUAUAUACUAGUACCGUGCAUAAUUGCAUAUACAUAUAUAUAUGUAUGUAUACACGUGUGAGUUGUGGUGUUGGGUGUGUAGCAUUCGUUUUAACAGUUAUGAACAAUAUAAAGUGAUUGUAAUGUGUAA